AUGGACAUCACAAAAUCAUCGCCGACGAGGCGCAAUAGCGAUUCUAUCAACUUUCUGGCUAAUAUUUCAGACUUUAGCAGAAGUCUUCACCUCGCUUCGUUGCUGAAGGAUGGUUCCCUGAGAGAGGCCUACGCGGCAGCUAUGACGGACGGUCAGCUACCGACCAACCGAGCCCGGGUCCUGAUCCUCGGAGAGCCUCGUGCCGGUAAAACCAGUCUUCUGAACCGGCUCAUGGGAAGGGAGUUUGACAUCCGGGAACAGCCGACCGAGGGGAUUGUGACGAACAUGUGUCAAGUGAUUAACGUGGACAAACAUUGGAACGAAUCCGAAGGCGCCAAAGCAGAUGACAUACAGCAAUGUGCCUCAGUGGUGACUGCCCUUGGUGAAGAGUCGUCGGCUUGUAAAGCAACGACACUCAGAUCAGAGAAAAUGGAUACAUCGAGCAAGAACGACCCCACACAAUGGCACACGUUGCCCGAGUUAAUGAAGAUGGGCCUACAGCUAUUUUGUUUGUUCGUAGUUGUGUUUGUAUUUGGUAUGUUCAAGUACGGGUAUACGGCAUUUGUAUGGUGUACAUUUGGGGUACUUACCUUGAUGCACAACUACAACUUUGCCUAUCGGUUCGCAACGUAUAUAUCUUUGUUCUGCAUUCUCUUCGACGCAAUAAUCAGACGAGAUGGUUUGAUAGAAGCUUCGAGCUGUCAGGAGGGCGUGGACGGGUUUUUAAACCAGACAGUUUGGUCUACUGUACGGAGCAAGGUGUUGGAUACGAUAAAUACCGUUAUGUUGGGUGCCGCCAGUGGUUUAGGUUGUCGUACAGGUGUCGCUGUUGCCUUCUCGGCGAGUCUUCAUCCAGAAGAGAUUAAGGCGACUGGAGAAGCUACUGCUGAGAGUCUCGUUGCCUCCUGGGACAUGCUGGUGGUGGUUGUGAUAUCAAGUGCAGGAGUACUUUUUGGUAUUGGAUGCUACUCUUUUUGUACAUUCAAUGACAGGUGGCAUAAAUACAGAACUGCCACGUGCUGUGGCCUUCUGGCGUGGCUACUUGCACUGAGCCUCAAAAGAGACUGCAGAAACAGACGCUACUGGUUCCUGUUUCUGAACGGAAUUAUGAUGUCAAUCGAAGCGACAUGGGGGACUUUUGUUGGUCGGAGAUAUUUACAUAAAUAUGGAGGCAGAGCUAGUUACAUAUCGAAGAAGACUUUGGGCUUCAUCUUUGGCCUGUAUUUGUCGUACGUAUUUGGCUGGACAAUGAAGAUACCGAACGCCAGUUUGCCGUCUAUAACAAUUUACCUUAUUUCCAUCCUGGCACAUCCGUUAUUUGAUCUUCACAACACCUAUAAGGUAUGGCGAGAAAAGUCAACCUUUCCCGUAACAACUAUCCGUGCACAGAUGACAGCUGUACUCCAAAAACAACCGGUCUUAGAGACCAAGCUGAGUUUAUGGGACUUUGCUGGAGACACUUUAUACCACUGCGCACAUCACGUCUUUAUGCCAGACAGAGCUCUGUACGUGAUCGUCUUCAACCUACACGCCGCUGUUUCUGACGAAGUUGGGCAGCUGCAGAAACUUCUCUUCUGGCUACAUUCAGUCUGUGCGCAUGCGCAUCAUCCAGAUGCUGUUAUCAUUAUCGUCGGCACUCACAAGGCAAGCGUCUCUAAAGCUAAUAGGUUACGUUUUACUGAAGAACUUCACCGUAGAAUCACAUCUCCUUUCUGUCAUCGGCUGGUUUUAAACCCUCUCGACGACAAGCCGUUGUUUCUCGUCGAGAAUUCCUAUUCCGAUGACAAAGACUUCCAGCAGUUGAGAGCAGAAAUAUUCAGACGGGUGGAGAGCGCCGAAUACGCUCAGGAAAGAUAUCCCAUCAAGUAUCUGCACUUCUAUCGCGAGAUCCAGAAUCGUCGAAAACUGGCAGAGAUUGAUUGUGCAGCUUACGUGAUGACCUUGGACCAAAUCAGCGACCUUGCCAGGGUUACCUGCGAUGUGACAAACGAAGACGACUUGAAGAAUAUGCUCCAAUUUUUUGGCGAGGCUGGAGAAAUCAUCCACAAAGAUGACGACGACAUCUUGCGAGAACAUGUCGUGUUGGACCCCCAGUUCUUAGUUGACGUCAUGAAGAAACUCGUGCGAAUCCCGCGUGGCUCUAAACGGUCGCAUCGCUUUGCUGUGGAUUGGAGAGAUUACGAAAGCAGUGGAAUUAUCACAGAGGGUCUGCUGCAACAUAUUUACGGAGACAUGUCCCAUCUUGUGCCACUUCUGACCAAGCUUCUGCAAGCUUAUGACCUCAUGUGUCCGGUGGCGUCCGUCUUCAAUCCAAACUGCUCCCAGAAGUCUUUCUUGGUGCCUGCCAUGCUGCCUCCUUACCGGGGUGAAUCGGUGGAGUUCGGGAAACCCCAGAGUAAUGAGGAGGUAUUUUAUUUCGACUUUGGUUUCUUCGAUCCCAGUACCGUCUACUACCGUCUACUGACCCGCUGUCUGACUAGGGCAUUUAUUGACCAGAAGGCAAACCCAACCUCCCAGCCGAUGAUCUUCGCUGAUCGGAGCCGGUUCCACAUCGGCACAAACUUCAUUCUCAAGCUCCAGUUGGAAAGAUCCUGCCAGCGGAAGCUUUUGUCAGUCACCAUCUUGGCAUUUGAACCGAAGAUGCCAAACACAAACCUUUUGAAGGAGCUUGUAGACUUCGUCAGGAGCAUAACAGCGAGGGACUAUCCACAGUUGUGCUUCGAAUUCGGCCCUCGCUGUCCAUUCUGCGCGCUUGACGUCCAAUCGGUCAAAUCAAGCGUUGACCUCUCCAAGUACACAAGUGGAAACAACAGUUGCGACAAAGCAAAAAUCCACGUGCUGAAAGUGGCCGGGCAUGACCAACCGUUCCCGACAGAAUCCCCGGUUAUUCUGUUCUGCGGUCAACAGAGAUACGAACUGAAGCUGCCUACAAGUAAACCCAGUGACGUUCACCGUAGUUGUUCCGCGCUUCCUCAGAGGAUUUCAUUUGGACCAGCGACCUCAAUCACCAAGUUACCACCCGACCUCUUCGACAGGGUGUGCUUACGCCUGAACAACACGUCAGUCUUUAAUAACUGGAAAGUUCUGGCAGUCUACUUCCUUAUCGACUUCCCCAUGAGGUCCAAGAUAUGCAUUCUCAUCUACAUUGCAUGA